CUGACACCAAGGGACCUGGAUGCUGAGGAGGAUGGGAUGAACCUUCUUAAAAUAGAACAGAUGGAGAAAGUAUUUAAGAAGGAAUCCCUUCUUGGGGCCACCUCACCGUUGCCUUGUCUCAGCCCUUCCCACGGAUCCUGAUCCUUCCCCAAAUCCAGAGCCGCAAUGCCUAUGACUGAUGUGCUCGCUGCUGGUGACAUCUCAAAGGCUGUGGCGGCCUUUGCAGCUACAAGAAAUUCUUUGAGUUGUGUGGCCUUAAGGGCAAAGGCAACGAUGUCAUAAAAAAGGUUUUCUGCAUAUUGGACCAGGACCAUAGUGAUUUCAUUGAGGAGGAGGAGCUUGGUCUUAUAUUGAAAGGCUUCACCCCAAAUGCCAGAUGUCUGUCGGCCAAGGAAACCAAAGUCCUCCUCGCCGCUGGAGACAAGGAUGGCGAUGGCAAGAUCGGCGUGGAUGAGUUCGUAACCCUGGUUUCUGAAUGCUAAGCCGUUCAAGCAUCUCAUUUGUGCACAGCUUUCCCUUCCUUGGACACCACUUUAUUUAUUGCUCCCGUUUUAUACUCCACCUCUGGUCCCUGCCUCUUGGAUCUCCGUGCUGGAACUAAGCAUAAAACAACGCAAUAAAGGGCAAAAACACCUCAGA